AUGGUAAGGUCCGGGGGUUUUGGACAAGUGGUUGAAGUGCGGGAUAAACGCAAUGGCAAUAAUUAUGCGCUUAAAAAAUGCCUUUUAGAUAUACCAGGUUUGACUGAUAAACAUAAGCAAAAUCUGAUGAGAGAGACUCAGAAUAUGAUAAAAUUGCGAUCAAAAUAUAUCAUUCAAUAUCAUUAUUCGUGGAUUCAAUACAACUCGUUGUAUAUACUUAUGGAUCGUUUGGACGGAAGUUUAAAAGAGCUGUUAAUAAUUAAGAGGCAGUAUAUAAAGUUAUGUGACUUCGGUUUGUCUAAAGAAGUGCAUGUAUUGAGUGAUCGAUACAAACAAAGUAAUGUCAAACACACCGAAAAUGUCGUUCACUAUAUGGCACCCGAAGGACAGACCACUGAAUACAACCAUUUAAUAGAUGUCUAUAGUCUGGCACUCAUUGGAGCGAAAAUAUUUGGUUUUGAUUCAAACGAUAUCAGAGACGGAGUGUAUGUUAUGUUAUAA